AUGGGGACGGACGUUGUUUUCCUGAUUUUCCUGAUGUUCUGUGAGUGUGUCGUCCCGAAUGAAGGCGUCAAACUGGGCCUGUUGGUGACAACGGAUAACGUGGUGAGCUUCUCCAACCCCGGACUGGUUAUUUCGGGCGCCAUGACACUCGCUGUUGAUGACGUCAACAGGAACCCCUCCCUGCUGCCCGACAUGAAGCUAGAAUUCGUCUGGAACAACACUGAGGGGUAUGAAGACGGAUCUAUCCGCGCCCUGACUGACCAGUGGCGGGACGGGGUGGUCGCGUUCUUCGGUCCGGGAGAGACCUGCACUACCGAGGCACGGAUAGCCGCCUCGUGGAACGUACCCAUGAUAUCUUACAUGUGUUCCGAGUACCCAGUGUCCGACAAGUCCCUCUACCCGACCUUCGCCCGGACCCUGCCGCCGGACACACAAGUCUCCAACUCCAUCCUCGCACUUCUGGAGAACUUCGGCUGGACCAAUGUCACCCUGGUGGUCUCAGAGACAGUAUACAUCGUGCUGGGGAAGUACUUCGAGGCGUUGGAGUUCGCCCACUACAUGUACGAGAUGGGCCUGCUGGCGGGAGGGGAGUACAUGGUCAUCACUGUCGAGUUAGAUCAGGAGUACAGCCGAGACUUCCCACAGAGUCUCAUGCAAGGUCCGUUUGAAGCCGACUUGCGGCCGGGUAUAAUCGAGUCGUACCGCUCGGUGCUGGUGCUCGUCCCCUCCCCGCCCAGUAACCCAGACUACGCGCUGUUCGAGAGAGAGGUGGACCAGAAGAGCAAAGAGCCGCCCUUCAACUUCUCCUCAAAACUCACCAGACGGAUUCCCCGUACUGCGGCCUACCUGUACGACUCUGUUAUGAUCUACGCGCAUGCGCUCCACGGGACCAUUCAGAAAGGAGGAAGUGUCACAGACGGACAGGCCAUCAUCAAGAAUACAAUCAGCAGGCAAUACGAGAGCGUUCUUGGGAACAUGAUGUACAUAGACCAUAACGGAGACGCCGAGAUCAACAUCACGGUCCUGGCGCUGAAGCCGUACUCGGACCCGGCCACGUCAGACCACACGCACGGGCUGCUGCCUGUAGCCAUCUUCCGGGAGGAGGACGGCAGGCCGGUGUUUCAGAUCACGGCGCCAGACGGGAUAGACUGGGUGGGGGGCACACCGCCUCUGGUGGAGCCACCAUGUGGGUUCAGAGGUCAGAGAUGCUUGACACAACCAGAUUUCGCUGCGGAAAUAUCCGGCAGUGUAAUAGGAGGCCUCUGCCUGGUGUUGUUCAUUAUCGGACUGGUCGUGUACAGAAAUUACAAGUACGAGUCCGAGCUGGCCAGGAUGCUGUGGAAGAUUGACUACAGGGACAUCGUGCGGCGCGGCAUGAGGAGCAAACUCAACACCAGCAGCAGGUGCUUGAACGUUUCCCAGUUGACGAUGAACAGUGACACAGCGCAGGUGUUCGCUCAUGUCGGCUACUACAAAGGGGCCACGGUAGCCAUCAAAUGGGUCCACAAGAACCACGUGGAUCUAACCAGGAGCGUGAGAAAGGAGCUGAAACUUAUGAAAGACCUUCGGCAUGACAACAUCGCCACCUUCAUCGGCGCAUGCGUCGACUCCCCUAACAUUUGCAUCAUUACCGAAUAUUGUACGAAGGGCAGUCUAACGGACAUUUUGGAGAACACGGACGUCAAGUUGGAUACCAUGUUCACGGCGUCCAUCGUCACGGAUAUACUAAAGGGCAUGAUCUACCUCCACUCGUCCGAGCUGAAGUCCCACGGGAACCUGAAGUCCUCCAACUGCGUCGUGGACAGCCGCUGGGUCGUCAAGGUGACGGACUUCGGGCUGCAGGAGUUCAAGGCAGGCAGCAAGGACGAGGCCGGCGAGCAUGCGUACUACCGAAACCUGCUGUGGAAAGCGCCUGAACUGUUACGCGACCCUAGUGCGCAGGCGCGAGGGACGCCCAAGGGUGACGUGUACGCGUUCGGCAUCAUUCUGUACGAGAUCGAGGGCAGGGAGGGGCCGUACGGCACAUGCGCAGAGGACCCCAAAGAGAUCGUGGAGAAGAUCCGCGGCGGUACGGACCUGUUCAGACCGGACACGCAGCACCUGGACUGUGAGAAGUUCGUCAUUGACGUGAUGCACGUCUGCUGGGCGGAGUUACCGGAGUCACGCCCGGAGUUUAAGGCCGUCAGGAACCUGCUCAAGCCCAUGAAAAGGGGCAUGAAGUCCAACAUCUUUGACAACAUGAUGAACAUCAUGGAGAAAUACGCCAACAACCUGGAGGAGCUUGUGGAGGAGAGGACGCACCAGCUGGUGGAGGAGAAGAAGAAAACCGACGCUCUGCUGUACAGCAUGCUGCCCAAAACCGUAGCAGACCAACUGAAGCGAGGGAAAAGGGUGGAUCCGGAGUCGUUCGACAUGGUGACCAUCUUCUUCAGCGACAUCGUGGGCUUCACGUCCCUGUCAGCGGAGAGCACGCCACUACAGGUGGUUGACCUGCUGAACGACCUGUACACCUGCUUCGAUGACAUCAUCAGCAACUUUGACGUGUACAAGGUGGAGACCAUCGGUGACGCGUACAUGGUGGUAUCAGGUCUGCCCAUCCAGAACGGUGACCGGCAUGGCGGUGAGAUCGCGUCCAUGGCGCUCGCCCUGCUGAAGGCCGUGUCCAGCUUCAAGAUCAGGCACAGGGGAGACCACAAGAUGCACCUCAGGAUAGGCAUCCACUCAGGUCCGUGCUGCGCAGGCGUGGUGGGACUGAAGAUGCCCCGGUACUGUCUGUUUGGUGACACGGUGAACACCGCGUCACGGAUGGAAUCCCACGGGCAAGCGCUGAAGAUCCACUGCAGCCAGGAGUGUAAAAACGUCCUGGACAGACUUGGGGGAUACCACUUGGUCAAGAGGGGUGUGAUCACCAUGAAGGGAAAGGGGGAGAAGGUGACGUACUGGUUGUUGGGAGAGGACAGGAGCGGCCGCCACAACCUGCCCCCUGUGCCCCCUCCCCUGCCCCUCUCCCCUACCACCCAACUUCCAACAACCUGCGGGCAAUCUCACGCAAACUCUCCCCCCUCAUGGUCAACAACUUCACUCCGGUAG